UCUCCAUCUCAAUUAUUCCUUUCAUUUCUGGAGUUAACUCGAGGUAUCUCGUCUCUCUCCAUCCUUCCAUGGCAGCAGCACCGUCAACUCAACCGCAAGACCACCAACAAUUGCCUCCUCCUCCCCUCAAAGUCGACCUCGAGGGACAGACCAGACAAGCCCUCGAGCUAGAGGUUGAGGUCGUCGACUUCUCGAAGCGUGCUCAAUGGCUCCGUGCCGCCGUGCUGGGCGCGAAUGAUGGCCUGCUGUCCACCGCGUCGCUCAUGAUGGGUGUCGGCGCCGUCCGCAAGGACGCCAAGACUAUGGCAAUAACUGGGGUGGCGGGGCUCAUUGCCGGGGCCUGCAGCAUGGCCAUCGGGGAGCUCGUGUCCGUGUACUCACAGUACGACAUCGAGGUGGCCCAGAUCAAGAGAGAGGACAGGAACGGAGCCCUGGGAGCCGAAGAAGUGGAUGUGAGGAAGGGGAAGCUGCCGAGCCCGUGGCAGGCGGCGGGGGCGUCGGCGCUGGCCUUCGCGGUAGGGGCACUGGUGCCACUCUUAGCGGCAGUGUUCGUGAAGGAGUACAAGGCGAGACUGGCGGUGGUGAUAGCGGCGGUGAGCGUCGCAUUGGUGGGGUUCGGGUGGCUGAGCUCGGUGCUGGGGAAAGCGCCGGUGGUGAAGUCGGCUUCAAGGGUUCUGGUGGGAGGGUGGUUGGCCAUGGGAAUCACCUUUGGUUUGACCAAGCUGAUUGGCUCUGCUGGUAUAUAAGAGUUUUGAGCAUCUUUCCCUUUGCUUUUUGCUAGAAGAACCUCAUUCUGGCUAGGGCAAAUGAUGAGGCAUCCCACGAGCAACUU